GGAAGCAGGGCUGGGGUUAGGGUUAGGCCCACCCUGGACCUGGUGGGAUUGGGACUCUGGCAAAAUUCUUGCUGCUCUGUGUCUCUCCAUCUGCCUAGGGCCCUCUGAGGUCAGGCUGGGGUCAGGGCGGCCAUGAGAGACCUCCUGUGGGAGGACCGAGGAGCGCUGUGGGCGCCUGGAGCCGGGUGGGUGAGAUUGAAGCAGUCUGUGUUGGGUAGGCUGCGGUGUGUGACUGUGCCGUCGGGGCGCAGUUCCCUCUGUGCUGUGAGUAAUCCUCGGCCGCAUUUGCAGCUCCCAGGGGAUUGUGCAACUUCCUCUCGGGCUGAGGUGCAGGGGGCUGGGUGAGAAACAGCAGCCGCCGGGGAAAUGAGGAAACUGAGCCCGGCCCUGGGGCUGGGGUGCGGCCCUGGGCUCCGGCCCCUGGAGGAGCUGAGCAUUCCAGGGGCCUCCUUCCAGGGGGCUGCCCUCUCGAAGGGAGCCAGCGCCGGCAGCCACCAUGGCAUCACGCAUAGGGUUGCGCAUGCAGCUCAUGCGGGAGCAGGCACAGCAGGAGGAGCAGCGGGAGCGCAUGCAGCAGCAGGCUGUCAUGCAUUACAUGCAGCAGCAGCAGCAGCAACAGCAGCAGCUCGGAGGGCCGCCCACCCCGGCCAUCAAUACCCCCGUCCACUUCCAGUCGCCACCACCUGUGCCUGGGGAGGUGUUGAAGGUGCAGUCCUACCUGGAGAAUCCCACAUCCUACCAUCUGCAGCAGUCGCAGCAUCAGAAGGUGCGGGAGUACCUGUCCGAGACCUAUGGGAACAAGUUUGCUGCCCACAUCAGCCCAGCCCAGGGCUCUCCGAAACCCCCACCAGCCGCCUCCCCAGGGGUGCGAGCUGGACACGUGCUGUCCUCCUCCGCUGGCAACAGUGCUCCCAAUAGCCCCAUGGCCAUGCUGCACAUUGGCUCCAACCCUGAGAGGGAGUUGGAUGAUGUCAUUGACAACAUUAUGCGUCUGGACGAUGUCCUUGGCUACAUCAAUCCUGAAAUGCAGAUGCCCAACACGCUACCCCUGUCCAGCAGCCACCUGAAUGUGUACAGCAGCGACCCCCAGGUCACAGCCUCCCUGGUGGGCGUCACCAGCAGCUCCUGCCCUGCGGACCUGACCCAGAAGCGAGAGCUCACAGAUGCUGAGAGCAGGGCCCUGGCCAAGGAGCGGCAGAAGAAAGACAAUCACAACUUAAUUGAAAGGAGACGAAGGUUCAACAUCAAUGACCGCAUCAAGGAGUUGGGAAUGCUGAUCCCCAAGGCCAAUGACCUGGACGUGCGCUGGAACAAGGGCACCAUCCUCAAGGCCUCUGUGGAUUACAUCCGGAGGAUGCAGAAGGACCUGCAAAAGUCCAGGGAGCUGGAGAACCACUCUCGCCGCCUGGAGAUGACCAACAAGCAGCUCUGGCUCCGUAUCCAGGAGCUGGAGAUGCAGGCUCGAGUGCACGGCCUCCCUACCACCUCCCCGUCCGGCAUGAACAUGGCUGAGCUGGCCCAGCAGGUGGUGAAGCAGGAGCUGCCUAGCGAAGAGGGCCCAGGGGAGGCCCUGAUGCUGGGGGCUGAGGUCCCUGACCCUGAGCCACUGCCAGCUCUGCCCCCGCAAGCCCCGCUGCCCCUGCCCACCCAGCCACCGUCCCCAUUCCAUCACCUGGACUUCAGCCACAGCCUGAGCUUUGGGGGCAGGGAGGACGAGGGUCCCCCGGGCUACCCCGAACCCCUGGCGCCGGGGCAUGGCUCCCCAUUCCCCAGCCUGUCUAAGAAGGAUCUGGACCUCAUGCUCCUGGACGACUCACUGCUACCGCUGGCCUCUGAUCCACUUCUGUCCACCAUGUCCCCCGAGGCCUCCAAGGCCAGCAGCCGCCGGAGCAGCUUCAGCAUGGAGGAGGGCGAUGUGCUGUGACCCUGGCUGCCCCUGUGCCAGGGAACAGGGGCCGGCCUGGGGGCUGGGAGGGCCGGGGGCACCUCCCUCCCACCCUUCAGGCUGCACUGUGUGUGAAGUAGCCACCUGCCCUGCCUCCCUCCUCCCCGUUGGCCCCUGUUUGGACUUAGUGCCUGUCUGGCAGCCUGUGGGGUCAGGAGAAGCACCCCCAGGGCAGCCCUCCUGACUGGCGCAGUGGGAAGAGGCCUUCAGUCCCUCUCCCGGAGAUGGAAUCGUGGGGCAGGGAGGGGCAGGGUGUUCUAGAGGUGAGAAGAGGGCCUGGUGGAGAUGCCCUGUCUUCUGAGCCCGAGCCCCUCAUUACCAGUGAAGGACAUGCUUGAGGGGUUCGGGAAGCUCCUCAUCUGAGGCAACUGGUCCUGGGGGUGCUCAGGCCUGCCUUUUUGGGACUCAGAUGGCAGGAGGUCCACCCCGCAGCCUGGUCCUCGGCUCUCCCACAGGUGGGCACCCCCACUUUGGUGCUAACAGCUCUCCACCAGGUGGUGUGAGCGCGGGGGCUGCCAGAAGCGGGAGGGGUCACUGCCGGAAGAGCAGCUGCCCUCCGACCCCUCACUUUGUGCCUUUAGUAAACACUGUGCUUUGUA